UAUGCUUCGUUCGUUUCAUCCUCUUCCUCAGUCCUCAACAAACUCUCUCCACCCGCCGAUCUGCUUCUUCUCCUCCCGCCGAUCUGCUUCUUCUCCUCCCUCUUAGUACCCCUUUUGUCUCUCCACGCCCAGCCAACCAACAACCAACCACGAGCUUAACAGCAACAAGCCAAACUGAUCGAUCACACCGGCCAAUAGUCAAAGCCACAGCAAGAUUCCUAGUAUAGUAGCUAGAGAGCCUAGUACGUAGUUGGCUAGAGUAGACGACGACAUGCCGUCGCAGCAGGACCAGCCGCAGGAGCCGGUGGUGGCGGGGUCGACGCGGUGGUGCCCGACGCCGGAGCAGCUGAUGAUCCUGGAGGAGAUGUACCGAGGCGGCCUGCGCACGCCCAGCUCGUCGCAGAUCCAGCAGAUCACGGCGCACCUCGCCUGCUACGGCCGCAUCGAGGGCAAGAACGUCUUCUACUGGUUCCAGAACCACAAGGCCCGGGACCGCCAGAAGCUCCGCCGCAGGCUCUGCAUGAGCCACCACCUCCUCUCCUGCGCGCAGUACUACGCGGCGGCGCACCACGGCCACGGCCACGGCUUCCUCGCCGCGCCGCCGGCCGCGCCCUACGGCUGCAGCGUCUUCGACCAGGCUGCCGCCGGCCAGCUGCUCUCCCCGACGUCGCCCACCCCAGCCGCUGCGGCGGCGGCGGCGGCGGCGGCGGCGGCGGCUGCAGCCUACGGUUACUACUACCCCGCCACGGCGGCCUUCUCUGCGGCUGCUCCAGCGAGAAGAUGCGCCGGCGCCGCCACUCCCCCGUCGCCCACCCAACUAUUCCACUAUCAGCAGGCCGGAGGCGAAGGUAUCGCGCCGGUGGAGGCGAUCGGCCGGCCGGAGUACACGCUGGGGAAGCUGGACAACUUCGGCGUGGCGCUUGAUGAAGUGGUGAGCUCCGCCGCCGCCGUCGACAUGGGGCUGCCGGGGUUCGAGGUGGCGCCGCCGGUGGCGGCCUUCUGCCGCCCGCUCAAGACGCUGGACCUCUUCCCCGGCGGGCUUAAGGAAGAGCAGCACGACGUGGCCUGAUCAAGCAUUAGCUGCGGCGAUCAAGCUAGCUAGCGACCUUACUCGACAUAAUUAAUCUGUCAUGUCAUGCAGUAGUACACUGACAUGAUCUUCUUCAUUAGUACUAUAUUAGCCGUCUCUAUCUCCAUAUAGCUAUGUCGUCGUCGUCGUCUUCUUCAUUAUUUCUUUUGCGUUUGAUUAGAGAGGAUGUACUUAGAGAUUAGUGCACGUCUACUGGACUGGAUAGUAGCCGGGCUAGAGUAGAAGAGGCCGGGAUAUGAUGUGCAUUGAUUGCUUAGUGAGUUAUGGAAUGAAACCGUACGUACGUGUGUAGCUAGGCAUGCAGAAAGCCAGUAUGAGAUGUUGCAGCUUGUGGAGCUUUCAGCAUGGUAGCUCGCGAGGCUUUGCAGAGCUCAUUAACUGGUGGGAGAUGGAGAUCAAGUGUAUGGUGAAAUGGAAUGUUCCUUGUCAUGAUGGUCC